AUGUCAACAUAUUGGGCAAUCCUCGAACGCGCACCUGGAUCAAAGCUACGCCUCACAAAAUUGGAUGAUGAGAUAUACGAGAGCUUCAGAACUGAAUUCCCUGGCUUCGACCCCGCUGAGACGAUCAACGAGGAUGAAAUGAAGAGCAAAGCGGGCAAAGAAAAAUGGCGAAACUGGAUGAAACAAUAUGAGGAGAAAGUUACCGAUUUCAACUUCGGCACCAUACUGAGAGCAAACCCGAAAUUCGAAUAUGGAGAAAAGGAAACAAUUUUUGCGGUUCGAAUGCAGUUCUAUGCGAUUGAAAUUGCAAGGAAUCGUGCUGGAUUGAAUGACUGGGUAUAUGAACAGGCACAGAAAGAAAAGGGCCUCAGUUCAUAA